AUGGGGGCAGUCAUUCCUUUAAUUCGUCGGCACGCAAUACCGAAGCCAACCCUCCAAGCCCAGUCCAACAUGGCCGGAGCCCGGCGCUGGCUCAUUGCCGUCCGCCGCACGAUCGUCCGAUCCUCCUGCAAAACUGCCGACGUUCUCGAAGUCCACGAUGUCAACGGCAUGCGCACGGCCAUCAUCAACCCUACAUCAAUAGAAGAAGCCGAAGAUGUGACCACCGGAGAAACGGAUUACUCAAAAGAUGAGGAUGACGUGCAGUACAUGGAAGCGUUCUCGCGGGAGGAGCUGGCGGCGAUUAGGAUCCAAGCUUACUUCAGAGGUCAUUUGGCGAGGAGGGCGUUCCGGGCGCUGAGGAGCCUGGUGAGGCUGCAGGCGGUGGUGCGGGGGGUGUGCGUGCGGCGGCAGGCACGGGUGGCGAUCCACUGCAUGCAGGCGAUGGUGCGGUUGCAGGUCAGGGUGCGAGCACGCCAGCUUCUUGGUAAACAUGAGAGAGGGGCACAACUUUCCUAACGCGAGAGAGAUAUCCAGGUGCUUUCAAUGAGAGACUU